ACAGAAACGAGGACCGCACCCACACACACACACACACAGACACAGAGACACAAACAUACAUUACACACACACACAUACACACUCAGUCAGUCAUGGCUGCUCCUGGGACUGUUUGGCUUCAGCUGCUCCUGGUUGUGCUCGUCGCGCAGACUUGUCUCUCAGAAACAGACACCAGAGGCUUCAGUGGCACAGAGACCCAAGAUGGCGUGUGGGUCAACUCCCAAGCCCAAGAAGUCCUGAGCAGCCGCCUCACAACCGUCUUCCUCCCGAUCGUCUACAUCAUCGUGUUCGCCGUUGGGUUGCCCACGAACGCCUUGGCUAUCUGGGUAUUCCUCUUCCGCACAAAGGAGAAGCACCCGUCGUCCAUCUAUAUGGCCAACCUGGCUCUCGCUGACCUGCUCUUUGUCAUCUGGAUCCCGCUGAAGAUCGCGUACCACUUCAACGGCAACAACUGGAUCUACGGAGAGGGUCUAUGCAAAGUGCUGGUGGCGUUCUUCUACGGGAACAUGUACUGCUCCAUCGCCUUCAUCACCUGCAUUAGCGUCCAGCGUUACUGGGCUGUGGUCAGCCCACUUUCCCGGAAACAUCGGAGCAACCGUGUAGCCAUUUGCGUCUCCAUCUCGGUCUGGGUGGUGGUCUGGCUCAUCACGAUCCCUCUCUAUCUGUACGAUCAACAAGUCCGCGUCGCUAACCUCAAAAUCUUCACCUGUCACGACAUCACAAGGCCCGGUCAGAAGGAAACGGCAGCAGGUUACUUCCUGACAAUGGGAAUACUUGGGUUUGUCGUUCCCACCAUCGUGUGCGUCGUCUCCUACGUCCUCAUGCUCAAGACCCUCAGGAACAGCAUGGGGGACGCCGCCAUCGCCAAGAAGCGGCGUAAGGCCGUGGUGUUGAUCAUCACCGUGCUGGUCAUGUUCUUGGUGUGCUUCACGCCGAGUAACAUCAUGCUGCUGGUGCACUACAUCCUGCUGCUGCGCGAGGCCACCAACAACCUGUACGGCUUCUACAUCACCACGCUGUGCUUGGCGAGCCUCAACAGCUGCUUCGACCCCUUCAUUUACUACUUCAUCUCGGAGGACUUCAGGGAGCAUGUGAAGAACACGUUCCUCUGCAGGAGUGAGAGGACAGUGGAGAGGAUGAGGGUCUCCUUCAGUGCCCUGAAAAACUCCAGAAAGAGCAACACGUACACGUCCGAUUCACGGAACACACAAAGCUCUGACUGCUAGUGAACCGCUGUUUUUUUGUUUUUUUUUGUGUAGAUUUAAGUUUAUUAUUCUACGGUGAAGUCUUACAUCUGUGUGGAAACUCAAGGGAGCCAUCCGUGGUUAUGAUCCACUCAAAGCCUUGAAGUUUUUCAGGUGCUGCUUUUAUCUAUUUUAUAAAUGUAUUAUAAUAUUUCACUGUAUUGAAUUCCCCCCCCCCACCCCUAAUAUCUGCUUUUCUUCAAUAUCAAUAUAGUAAAGGUACAACACAUUAUAAAUAUAAUAUAAUUCAGACAACACAUGAUUGCUAGUAAAUCCAAAAUAAUCUGUGCCAGUGAGGACCAAAUACACUUUGGAAUAGUGUUAAAUGUUACUCUUUUGGAGUAAAUUCAAUGCUAAUGUUCAUUUUAAAAGUAUUUCAGUAUAAUAUAUUUAACUCUUAGUUUAGUAUUAACACUAAUCCAUCCUGGAUUUGGUCCUAAACUGAACUGGUGUUAGGUUGACUCCUACUUUGAAUGUUUGAUUUUGAUUUAAACAAAAUUCAGUUUUUUACAACUCAAUCUUUAAUAUUUAAGAUUUGUAACUUGUUAACCAAUACGGACUGAUUUAAUUUUUUUGAAAAAUGAUUUUAUCCAUAUCACCCAGCCUUGGGACAUAAUUGAAGGUCAUAUUAACAUUUUACUUUGACAUGGGCAGAAAUCUCCAUGCUGUUAUUACUUGUUCCAAUUUGUACAUGUUAGUUGAUGUAUCUUGUAUAUUUUUAAAGUUUUCCAGUAAAAAUCUAGUGCCCAGCUUACGUAUAUUUCCCUGUCAGACAUGGCAUUUAUUUGACUGACAUUGUCUCUGUGUGGUGUGAGACUGGCAGGCAGUUUAAAAGGUCAAACUGGAUGUUCCUCAUUUUCAAAACAGUCCCAUUAUUCAGCACUUGUUGUGGCUUCGGGUUUCUGUUUGACAUUGAACCAAACUUUCUCUUAUUCAUUCCAAGCCAGAGUAUAACUGUCAUUUUGAUAGAUGGAGUAUAGAUAUUUAUUUUAUCAGAUCUAUUUAUGACGUUAUUAAAUACCCAGGAUUUUCUAUGGAUUUGAUGUGAUAAAGUCCACUCACUGAGUAUUCUUGUUUUUAUGUCUGCCUAAACGGAAAAUGUGAUUUAAUCAGGCCAGUUUUUAGAUCCAAUAUAUCAUUUAUUUUACAAAGAGAGCAAAUUGAAAUUGUAUUUUUCAACACAUCAAACAUGGGUCACCUAUUUUUAUGUGUUCCUUCAACUCUAUUUUUGCCUCAGGUCUGUACAGAAUAGUAUUGAAAGAAGCUUACAGUUCUGUAUUUGCACUGUUACUAUUCGCUCCCAGGAGAACAUUUUACCUUUUAUAACAGCGGAAUAAAGUCGGUGACGUUACUGUAGCACCAAAGCUAAAUAACUUGUAACUGUAAUAUUUUAGAUUUUUAACCUCAGUUGUGCCACACUGUGAGUUCUGUAAUAAAAUGUUAAAACAAAUAACACUGGUCU